GCUGGAAAACUCCAGGCCUCCCAAAAAGGGGGGGGCCAAGGCAGCCGGGUGUGUAAACAAGUAGAACGAGAUCUAUAAGUAAGCUUUGCAGGGAGGCUGCAGAGAAGCAGGUGGGGCACAACACCACCCCGGUGCUCUGAACACCUCCACAGUCCUUGGUGAAAACCUCACGUUCAGGAUAACAUUGCAGAUGUCGGGCACAGCAAGACAUGACCGAGACAUGGUAAUACAGGCUAAAAGAAGCCUGUUGGGAGCUACUGACCCCAUCGAAAAGCUGCGAUUGUUGUGUUUAGCGAGGGGAUCCGCUGGCAUCAAAGGACUUGGAAAAGUAUUUCGAAUGAUGGAUGUCGAGAAUAGCAGAACCCUUGAUUUCGAAGAAUUUAUGAGGGGAUUAAAUGUGUACGCGAUCACACUUGACAAGGAAGAAGCACAAAAGGUUUUCCAUAUAUUUGAUAAAAAUGGCAAUGGAACAAUUGACUUCGAUGAAUUUCUUGUUACACUGAGACCUCCCAUGUCGAAUGCAAGGAAAGAAAUAAUAAUGCAAGCAUUUCAAAAAUUAGAUAAGACCAGAGAUGGUGUCAUAACAAUCGAAGACUUACGAGAGGUAUACAAUCCAAAACACCAUCCCAAAUAUUUAAAUGGAGACUGGACAGAAGAACAAGUUUUUAGAGCCUUUCUGGAUAAUUUUGAUUCACCCUAUGACAAAGACGGGAAGGUCACAACAGAAGAAUUCAUGAACUAUUAUGCAGGAGUCAGUGCUUCAAUUGAUUCGGAUAUCUACUUUAUCGUCAUGAUGAAGACUGCUUGGAAACUCUGAUAAUAUGGUUAAAGAAGCAAAACUUGACUUCCACCUUCGGGGUUUAUGACCAAGCUGUGACUUCUGGGAAGUAUAGAGCUUGUAACUUGUCCACCAGAUGAAAAUUCUUGAGAUAUCUUUGCUUUUCAGUUCUUUUUCUGAUGCUGAAUAAAGAUUGGAAACCUGU